GAAAUGAUGAGGUGAUCCUCUCUGUCUCAGGGAGAACCGGCUCCACAUUCCUCUCUGUCUCUUCUCUGUUUUCAGUCAGAUUUAGAUGGUUUUGUGUUGCGGAAUUCAAUCAGAUAUUAAAAAAUCAGAUCUGAGCAACAGAUCUAGGGAACAGAUCUGUGACAAAGGUCUCGGAUGUUAGCCUUUCUUCUGAGCUGUGGACAACAUCCCAUCUCGCCUGGUUCUACUGGCAGGCUGUCCCUCUUGGAUUUUGAUAUUCUUCUGACAAUCUUGACGUCAAACCGGUGAGAUUUGGAGAGAGGACAGAAGUUUUUGCAUCAAGCUUGAGUCAUCCUCCAGUCCCUGAACACCUCAGCAGCCAGAAGGAGAGACCCCGCCCCUGGCCCACCCUCCCCUGCUGCUAGCUAGCACCAGCAUGGCAGACAGUCGACAGCCAGAGGACGGUGCCCCCCAGUGGGACCCGUCAGGGGGCCAGGAGCCCUCCGGCCCCCACGGGGCCAACGGCUACUCCUCCUCCGCCUACAGGAGCUGUCAGCCGGGUGGAGGGGCCCACACCGGCCCCUACUCCGCCAGGGAGAACGGCUUCAAUGGGGAGCUGACUGGGGCCCCCGCGAUCACUGCAGAGCAAGUGUCAGCGCGGAUCGUACAGGAAGUGACGGCUGAGGCGGUCGCAGUACUGAAGGGAGAGCAGGAGACUCAGAGGCUGCCAUCAGUUGAAGACACCACGAAUUUACCUCCCUCUCCUCCGCCCUCACCUGCUGCAGAGCACUUUGGUCCUCUGGAACAAGAUGUAGGGGAUGAGGAGGAGGCGGGCCCUCUCCGUCGCUUCCAAAAUUCUCGGGAGAGGUGCAAGUUCCUCGCCCCCUCCAUCUCAGUUUCCGUGCCUGAAGACGACCCGUACCACUCCGACGAGGAGUACUAUGAGCACCCAUUGUUCAGCCCAGAGUGGACCCACUCGGGCUCUCGGCCCACUGGGCAGGCUGCUGUGGCCUUUAGACAGAUUGAAGAAGAGACCAUGGAGGCUCUUACAGCUGAAUACGAGGAGGAGGAGGUGGAAGAGGAUGAGGAGGAGGAUGAUGAUGAGGAGGAGGAGGAGGAGGCAGCUCUUGAUGAGCAGCAGUGGAGCGGGGAAGAGCCCGAGCUGGACAGCCCCACAGCUGAGCCUUUAGAGCAGGCAGAGGCCCUAGACCAGGCCCAGGAAGUAGACCUGGAGCCGGCUGGAGCAGCUAGUGCUGCUGCAGGGAGCUCUAUGGAGGGAGAGGAGGAGGAGGAAGAGGAGGAGGAGGAGGAGGAGGAUGAAGCAGAGGGUGAGGAGAGCCCUGACACAGCCUCGAAGAUGGACUCAGACAAGCAGGGCAGCGAGAAAAGUGGUUCCAUGAGCCCAGACAGCAUCGGAUCGGAGAAACGCCCCGAGGAGUUUUUUGAGCCCCAGAUGCAAGGGUUCUUUGCUGGGGAACGAGUCGUACCGGAGAGCCCCACCAUGGAUAUGCCAUCCUUUGUACCGCCGAAUGUCCAAAACCAAGCCAAAGAAUCAGCCAGAUCAUUCACACUUCAGCCUACGUACGGAGAGCCGAUCACAGUGUCGGAGAAACAGCCAUCAGUGGAGGUGGUGGAGAUCAGCAGCAUCGGAUCGCCGGCUGAUUUCUCAAUACCAGGAGACAAAGUCCAAGGAGGAGGCGACUCGACGACGGACGCUAGAGACCGUUCUGGCAUGUCGGCAUAUUUUGAAACCUCAGCUAUGGAGGUUGAGGAGGCUCCCCAAUGUAAGGGCGAGGGUUAUUACGAACUGAGCAGAUCUGGCGAGGAGAAGAGUAAAGAAGAAGCCGGACCCCCAGUAGAGAUCAGCUACAGCACACUGGCGGAAGUUCAGGAUAAACCGGAAACUAAAGAAAGUAAAGCAGAAGACACUAAGGUGUUCACGGUUCCAGACAGGAGUAACGAAUGCAGGCUUUCUCCGGGUAAACUGGCCUUAGAGCAGAGGAGCUACUCACUCAACAUCACCAUUGGAGCAGUAGAUCCAAGUGGCCAAGGCAGACCUAGGAACUUCUCCCCGCUGGCUACAGAUAUCAUGUCCUACACUAGUGGAAGUCUAGACGAGUCGGCCGACUACCUCCCGGUCACGACACCCUCCACGGAUAAGCCUCCAGCCUUUCCUCCGCUGAUCCUGGAGACCGCAGCCUCCGUUACUUCAGAUUCCUCAUCUCCUCCGAGGACCACCGAAUCUGUUUCCAAACCCAGUCCUGAACCGGACUCUCCAGAAUCGCCACAGCCCCUUAAGACCGCCUAUAAAAACGGCACAGUGAUGGCGCAGGACUUGCCCGAGAUGCUGGACCUCGCCGGUACCCGAUCCAGACUGGCGUCAGAAAACAACGACCCAGAAAUCACCAGGAGAAAGUCAAUCCAGGCUGAUAUUCCUGCAUUCGCGGAUGACCCUCUUGCUAGCCUAGUUUCAGGGGAACUAAGCCCCAGGAAGAGCGACAGCCAGCUGGAAGAGAUGGGCUAUUGUGUGUUUAGUGAGUAUUCGGGGCCCAUGCCGUCACCUGCAGAUGUUUUCAGCCCUACUAGUGCACCUGUACAGUCCUUCACCCACUCCGUCUUGGAAGAGAAAGUGGCUGAGCAAGCUAGGAAGCUAGCAGUCCGAGAUACAUCCAUGGACGACAAGAGCCAGCCAGCUGAGAAAGGAGCUGCUGAGAAAGACAAGGUGGAAGAGAAAGACCAGAAGCAAGUCGAGAGAAAAGAUUCAGCUGAGGAAAAGAAGAAGGUUGCAGAUGAACCGUUGAAAACAUCUGCAAGCGAGAUGCCUCCUGCUCAGCCGAGCGAGUCCUUCGUGACUCCAACAGUUACUGUGACUCUAGAAGAAGGCUGGAGGUCCGGGAGUGAGACCGAACGCCAGGCCAGUGGCGAAGGCUCGGCGUCGGAGACCGAGAUCGCCGACUACGAGAGGCAGAUCCGCAAACUGGAGAUGGAGGACAGGCCUCUGAGCAUGGAGGAGGAGAGGGAGCUGCAGGAGCUGAGGGAGAAAGUGAAGCUGGUCCACCAGGAGGCCUACGAGGAAAUAGAUGCCGAAGAUGUUUACCAGUUGACCGGAGUGGCCAAAGACCGGAUUGCAAGGCCGGUCAAGACUUCUCCUGCUUCGUCCAUUGACAGCAACAUUGACGAUGACAAGUUGCUCUCUCCGGUGCUCUCACCGUCAAAACUCAAACAAAGAGAAGUUUACGGCUCCCCGAAAAGAACGCCAUCACCCGUGUUAGGAAUUAACCGAGAGAGAGAGGAGGCCGAAAGGAAAAUGAGGGAAGAGCAAGAGAAGGAAGCAGCCGAGAAGAAAAUGAAAGAAGAGAAAGAAGAGGCGGAGAGGAAAGAAAGGGAAGAGAAAGAGAAGAAAGAAAGGGAAGUGAAAGAGAAAGAAGAGAAGGAGAGGAGAGAGAAAGAAGAGGCGGAGAGGCUACUGAGGGAGGAGAAAGAAAGGAAGGAGAAAGAACAGCAAGAGUUGGAGAUGAAAGAGAAGAAGGAGAAAGAGGAGCGAGAGAGGAAAGAGAAAGAGGAAAGGGAGAAGAAGGAAAGAGAAGAGAGGGAAAAGGCGGAGCAAGAGGAGAGAGAAAGGAAAGAGAAAGAGGAGAUAGAGAGGAAAGAGAAAGAGAAGAAAGAAAGGGAGGAAAAGGAAAGAAUAGAGAAGGAGCUGAGAGAGAAGGAGGAGAAGGAGCUGAGAGAGAAGGAGGAGAAAGAAAAGAUAGAGAAGGAACUAAGAGAGAAGGAGGAGAAAGAAAAGAUAGAGAAGGAACUAAGGGAGAAGGAGGAGAAAGAGAAGAUGGAAAGGGAACUGAAAGAGAAGGAAGAGAAGGAGAAAGUGGCAGAGAUGGACAAAAAGGAGAAAGAGGCUGAAAAGGGUAAAGAAGGAGGUGAGGAAGAGGAGUUGGAGAAGGCAGUGGCAGGAGCGUCGGUGGUGAAGGAGAUCCCAGAGACUCGAGCCGCCAUCGAGUCAGUCGUGACAGUAGAAGACGACUUCAUCACCGUGGUUCAGACCAUCGACGAGGCCGACGAGCCGGGACACAGCGUCCGUUUCUCCGCUCCGCCCGAAGCUCUUUGUGUCGCUGCCGAGAAGGAGGAGGAAGAGGAGGAGGAGGAGUCUGUGGAGUUGGCCCAGGAGGCGGACAUGGAGGCGGCUAGUCUAGAGGAGGUGGUAGAUGUUCCUGAGACCCCCGCCUCCCCCGAGAAGGAGGCUCAAACCGUAGAAACCGAAGGACAGACAGAAAGCUACGAUAGAGAUGAAACCACGAUGGACGACUCCAUCCUGGACAGCUCCUGGGUCGACACGCAAGAUGAUGAUAAGAGUAUGGCGACAGAACAGAUUGAGCCUUUGCCCAAGUCGUCCAGCCCAGUCAAACACCCUGCGGUGGCUCAGAACAAGCAGACACAACAGAAAAAGACAGAGAAACAGGAAAAGCCUGCCAAACCAAAGGCCAAAGGAGGGCGGACUAAAGGCCGGAUCUCCACACCAGAACGCAAACCGGUCCGCAAGGAACCGGUCUACAUCCCCAGAGAGGAAGUCAAGAAGAAAAAAGCUGUGAUAAGGAAGGGCGAGCUCACCAAAAAAAUGGAGAAUCAGAGUCAAUCCCCGUCCAAGAGGACCGUGAUGAAACCAGCCGCCCGCCCGACCCGGCCCACCCAGCACCACUCCUGCCCCAGAAGGAGACCCACAGAGGCGAUCCCAGACAGCCGUCAGCCUCUCAGUGUUGCCAGACAGUCUCGUGACAGAGCAUCGGACGGGGGGUCUUGGAGUCCUGAGAAGAGGUCCUCGGUGCCGCGACAUGCCUCCAUCCUGAGUCGUCGCCCGUACCACGACCACGAGGAGAGCUCCACCUCCAUCACCAGCUCCGGCUCCACGGCUCCUCGCAGACCCACAACGUUUCGCACAGAGAUGAGAGCAGAGUACAGGACAGGACGAGCCCCGAGCAUGACAGUUGCAGAAUCGGUGCGUUCCCGUUCGGCUCGUAGUGGCCACUCCACCCCUCGGACCCCCGGCUCCUCGGCCAUCACCCCAGGGACCCCUCCCAGCUACUCAUCGUCCUCCAGGACCCCCGGGACCCCGCGCUCCCUCAGCUUGAUCUCCGGGGACAGGAAGGUGGCGGUGGUCCGCACCCCGCCCAAGUCCCCCGCAACCACACCCAAGCAGCUCCGCAUCAUCAACCAGCCGCUGCCGGACUUCAAGAACAUCAGGUCCAAGAUCGGCUCCAUAGAGAACAUCAAGUACCAGCCCAAAGGAGGACAGGUUCUCAUCCCCAGUGUUAAGCUGGACUAUAGCCAUGUUCAGUCUAGGUGUGGCUCCUUGGACAGGCGGGGCUACUCGGCAGGAGGUGGAAACGUGAUGAUCCAGAAUAAGAAGAUCGACUUGAGCCACGUGACCUCCAAGUGUGGCUCUCUAGACAACAUCCACCAUCGACCAGGGGGCGGUAACGUGCGUAUAGAGACCGUGAAGUUGGACUUCAGAGACAAAGCCCAGGCCAAGGUGGGUUCCCUGGAGAACACCCACCACACUCCUGGUGGAACCCGAGUCACGGUGAGUGUCAGCUCCACGCUCCCAACACAUGAUCUCAAGAUUGAGACCCACAGGUUGUUGUUCCGUGACCAGGCCAAGGCCCGGGUGGACCACGGGGCUGACAUCAUCAGCCAGUCUCCGGGCCUGUCGGGCCUGGAGUCGCCCACCCAGCGCCAGCGGGACAGCCACCUCUCGUCCUCCGGCAGCCUCAACAUGCUGGAGUCGCCUCAGCUCGCCACGCUGGCGGAGGACGUGACCGCCGCUCUGGCCAAGCAGGGUUUGUGAACACUGGAUCUGCACGCCAGACAUCCUCCGCCCUGAUCCUUUCAGACUUUUCUGCCCCACUCCUGAGGCCGACCUCACCUCAGCUAAAACCACAGCCUCUAAACAUCUCCACUUCAAAGGUCCAUCACUCACCUCUAAGUAGAGACUCGAAUUAGGAGCUACUGUACUUCUGGUCUUCUUUAUUUCCCAAAUAUGUGCUAUUUCUGACUCAUUUCCUUGGCCUCUCUCUCUCUCUCUCUCUCUCUUUUUGAAUGAUGUUGCAUAGAAUAGUUCCAACUGGUCCUAGAUUCAAUGGUAUAUACAUAUACAAAGACGGGGCUUAACUGGUCCUGGAUCAGUGUUUGAAAGAAGCUACAGCCUUUUUUUUUCUACAUUAAAUAAGAAGUUUUAAUGUGGCCCGCACACACCAUGCAGCACGUGUUGUUCUUGCUCAGUAAAAACGUGCAUGGACGCCAAACCCCCCUAACAAACCAAGCAUCCUUACUGCAGAUCAUUCCUGUCAUCCAAUAUAUAAUAUAUUUAACAAAUAUAUAUAGAAACAUGUAUAAAAAUCUUUGCCAUCUUACAUGUCCUGAAAACAUUUUAAAAGGAAAGUGACAAAUAUGGCUAUAAAAUAUACCUGUAAAAUUGCAUUUACUGCAAGAACUAGGUCAUGUUAUGACAAGCAUGUAUUGAUUCUAAUAUUAAAAAGAGGCUAUUUUGUAAUCUAAAAAAAAAAAGGAUUUUAGUAAGUUAUUUCCUCAAUUAUUGGAUAAAGAUUAAA